UGGCUACUGCCACUAAAAUAUUAAAAGCUCCUGACGAAAAAUUAAUUUUCUCAUCAACGAAAAUGUAGAAUUUUUUCAUUUCACAAAUUGUCAAAGAGGUAAUAAUAAAAACCCCAAGUGUUCUUUUGUGUGUCAUGUGUAAUUUAUCAUUAUAAUGUUUACAAAACAUAAAAUAGUGGGCGGUUACCGUGAACGUAUUUUAGAAGAGUGUGUGGACAUUUUCAUUAUACAUAUAUAUAAAACAAUUUUUUUGACAGAAGGUGGAAGUAAAUAUUGAAUAGAGAAAAAUGUUCUCAACAUUCAAGCAAAUUCUAAAUGUUCAAAACAAUUGACAUUACAAAUUAAUUUUGUUACUGACAUUCGUUUACAAUAGAAUGAAAACAAUUGUCAGGAGGAAUAACAAUUUACUUCUGGUUGAUAAUUUGAUCAUCGCUUUUCUACAUCAGGGAGAAUGAAUAUUAUGCGAAAAUUGCGCGUAAGUGCAAGUGUUAGCGUGAUGGGUUCGACAGGUAGUGGAAAUUUAGAUGAUUGCUCGGGUGGAGCGAAUCCUCAACACACUGCACUUGGUCUCAUGCAUCUUAAGAAGCUCUUUAUGGAGUAUAAUCAUCUCCCACAGAAUCUCUCCGAUUCUGAACGAGAUGACAAACUCUACAACAUGCUACCACUAUUUUGCAAGGUAUUUGGAUCUAGUCCUUCGGGCGAUAUGAAUGAGAAAUUUUGGGACAUUUUGCCAUUUACGCAGCAAGUAUCGAAACUGAUGGUAUCAGAAAUUAGACGAAGAGCGAGUAACCAAAGUACAGAGACAGCAAGUUGCGCUAUUGUUAAGUUUCUUGAAAUUGAAAAUAGCGAGGAGUCGAGCAAUGGAUGGAUGUUACUUUCAGCACUAAAUUUACUCGCUGCCGGCGAUACUUCAUUAAUACAGGCGAUGACAACGGCGUCCGUACCCUCAACUCUGGUAAAGUGUCUCUAUUUAUUCUUCGAUUUGCCUGAAAUGAGCGAAGAAGAAGCCGAUGUCGCCGAUGCAAACAGUGAAUUUACACCCAGAGAACGGAGAAUAUUAUUACAAAAAAUAUUCGUUCAGUUGUUGGUCCGACUAUGCAGUCAUCCGUAUCCAGCGGAGGAACUCGCCAGGAAAGAUGAUUUAACGUUACUUUUCUCGGCGAUUACAAGUUUAUGUCCUCAGUACAAUGUUAUGUGGCGCAAAAGCGCUGCUGAAGUUCUUAUGACACUGUCAAGACACGGCCUCACUCAAAAUGUCGUUUCCUAUAUUCACAAUAAAGGUUGUAUAGCACUCUGUAUUGAUAAUAUGCAACGAGUACCGGAAUUAGCACCGUUGGAAGUUGUUGAAAUGUUCGUCACUGUUUUUUGCUUUCUGAAAGAUUCCAGCGAGGUUUUGCAAAUGCUCUUGGACGAUUUUCGUGCCUGUCAAGGUUACAUCUUCCUCUCCGAAUUUCUCUUAAAACACGCACCCUCGAGAUUAGAGCAGGACAAUAGAGCGGAAGCGCAAGAUGCCAUUAGAAAUUUAGUAUUAAUGCUCGCAUCAUUAACAAUGUGCGGACACACUGAGUUAAAACCAAGCCAAGCAAGUAUGGGUUCUCUUUUUCAAAUGUUCGGCUUCACUUUGCCCCAGCCAAGUAAUCGAGGUGGAAGUGUUCGGAAUAUUCAAGCAUUCCAGGUACUUCAAUCGGUAUUUGUGAAAUCGAAUUCACCACUUUUGUGUUGUACGAUACUCGAUGCAAUUUCAAGUGUUUAUCAUAGCGAUAAUGCGAAUUAUUUUAUUCUCGAGGGACAAAAUACAUUGUCGCAAUUCGCUGAGAAAAUACACUUGAAGAAUCUCGAAAUCCAGGAAAAAUUCUUUCAACUACUUGAAUUUAUAGUUUUUCAAUUAAACUUUGUGCCUUGCAAGGAACUCAUAUCCCUUUCAAUAUUACUGAAAACAAAUAAUUCCAUCAGUUGCAGUAUUAUGUGCAUGGAAACUCUUAUCAACAUUCUCAGACACAAUACAAUAUUCAAGGACGUGUAUAGAGAAGUAGGCCUUUUGGAAGUCUUUGUUACCUGUCUACAGCGAUAUGCCACUCUUUUGAAAGAUAAGCAGGCAGCUCAUGAUCAGGGUUCGGAAUUUAAAAUAAGUGCUGAUGAUGAGAAAUUAGGUGCCUUGAUAAUGGAAGCACUGACAACAUUAUUGGCAGGAAAUGUUCAAAAUGCGAAUGUUUUUCGUGAAUGCGGUGGUGCACGUUGCGCUCACAAUCUUGUUCCCUAUAUUGAUUGUCGUUAUCAAGUGCUUGGAAUUGUUCGAGAAUUAAUUCUCACGGCUGGCGGUGAUGACGAUAUGGCUACAUUACUUGGCGUUAUGCAUUCAGCGCCUCCUUCUGCUCUUGUUCUCAAGACACAUAUUCUAAAGUCGUUAUUGUCCUGCCUGAGAGAGUCCCACCGUACAAGAACGGUAUUUCGCAAAGUAAGUGGCUUCGUUUACAUGAUGUCAGUUCUUGUUUCCCUCGAGGGUCAACUUGGUCCUGAAAUUGAGAACAAUGAUUUUUCUGGUACAAUACAAAGAAGCAGUCAAGAUGAAUCACAAUUAUUGACAUUGUUACAUGUCGUAUUUCAUACAAUAAGUACUGCCAUGCGUUUUGAGCCGGCGAACGCAAAAUUCUUUCAUCACGAAAUUUGUCAAUCAAGUCUGUGUGAUACAUUAAGAUUACUGGGCUGUUUUACAACAAGAACAAAACUUUUCGAAACUGAUGUCGCAACAACACACAAUUAUCACAAUAUUCUCCUUGCAUUAUUCACCGGCAGUACAUUGGAGCCGGCAUUUCCCGCUGAAAUACCAAAAAAGCUUGGUUACGCCUGCCUUUUAUUGAGACUUCUCUAUGACGUUGCACUGGAUGCUUUUGAUAAACCAAAUUUAGCCGGUGUUGGAAUGCGUUCACCGAGUCAUCGACAGAGCAGCAUUGAACAUCCAAAGUAUAUUGAUUCGCCGCUUGCUGUUAAACGAAGUACAGUGAAUUCGUUGAAUUUGAAUCCGCCGGUGCCGGAGCCAAUUGUCGUUCAUCCGGGCAUUGUCAUUGGAAUGCUGCAUCUUUUGCCGUCGAUAAUGGACGAAUCGAGACCGGAAAUUGCUCUUGCAUUGCAAUUGUAUGUGGCUGAGGUUAUUAAGAGUUUGGUACGUUCCGAGAGGAAUCAGCAAAUAAUGUGUGAGGCUGGAAUGGCGGGCGAAUUAUUGUCGAUGGGACGCACGGCGUUGCAGGACGAGACGCAUCCUUUACAUCAACCGUUGCAAUAUAUUAUUGAACGACAAGCGGCACAAGCAUUAGAGCCGAGGGAUUUGAGGGAAUUUUUACGAUUGGGCGAUCCAUUGUGUUGUAUAUCGCUCGAUGAUAUUGAUCCGAAUAAACCACGUGGUGGUCCAGUUCCAUUGACGAGAAUUAAGACACUUGUUUCGAUGACAACGCCAAAGGAUUUUCGUGCACAUGGUUCUUGUACUUUGCCACCUUUCGUUGAAUUCGACAUGAGCGCCGAGGGUUUUGCUUGCUUAUAUUUGCCGAGUGUCGCUCCUCAAAGUACAACACCACCCACUGUUGUUUCGGCUGAUAAUAGCGUUGUCGGGGGAAUCGGAUCCGGUGACAGACCAUUCCCACCGCAAACGGGAUUGACAUACAGUACCUGGAUUUGUGUAGAUAAAUUUAGUGAUCCUAGGACCGAUCCGCAUUGCGUGAGACUUUUAACACUAGUGAGAAGUGUUUCAACCGCAAAAGAUUUAAUUUGUCUCACAGCCGUUUUAAGUGCCAGAGAUAAAGCCAUUAUCGUUUCUACACAAGAGACUCCUUUACCGCAAAAUAUUGGCGAAUGGGAGCCAGAAGGGACAGAAGAAUGCGGAGCAAGAGUUUGGUGUCCAGAUUUGCUUCAUGAAGGACAGUGGCAUCACAUUGCCAUUGUUCUUAAUCGAGCCGUAUUAAAAAAUUCAAGUUUCUCCCUAUAUUUAGAUGGACAACAAAUCUACAGUCAAAAACUUCAUUAUAUUUCGCAAACUCCUGGAGGUGGAGCGGCAAAUUUAACGAUUGCACCACCUGUUUAUGGUUACAUUGGAACGCCACCAUGUUGGCGUCGAUACUCGAGAUUAGCGUGGAAACAAGGACCUUGUCAUCUUGUCGAAGAAGUCUUCAAUCCUCAAAGUAUUGCGACUUUGUUUAAACUUGGUCCCCAUUAUAUGGGCAGUUUACAAGCUCCGCAACUCGUUGGUCCGGAACCAUUGUCGCCUCUGGUGGCAGAAGAAAAAGUUGUCUUUGGCUUAAACGCGAAAGCAGUCUCACAAUUGACAUUGGCGAAAAUUAGAAAAGUCUACAGAAGAGCCGAUAAUAAAGCCAUUGCUAAACAGCUUGGUAUGUCCUCUCAUGAAAAUGCAACUCCAAUUAGAGUGUUGCAUAAUUCAGCUGGACAUUUGAGCGGUCCAGCGAGAUGUUUGGGCGGCGUUGUCGUUGGAUACCUUGGAGUUCGUGUUUUUAGUCCUCGACCAGUUGCAAUAAUGAUUGAUAAUGUUGGAGGAUGCUCCGUUUUGCUAGGAAUGAUAGCAAUGAUGCAGGAUGUGGAAUCUCUUUAUGCGGCUGUUAAAGCUUUAGUCUGCGUUGUGAGGUCGAAUCAAGCGGCUCAACAAGAAAUGGAUAGACGCAGAGGCUAUCAAACAUUGGCAAUGUUAUUGAGACGAAAGUGUCCUCUUCUUAACAGUCACAUUCUUCAUUUGACAUUCAGUUUAGUUGGAACAGUCGAUAGUGGACGUGAAACAAGUGCAAUUCCAAAUAUCACUGCUUUUCAGGAUCUUCUCUGCGAUUUACAGGUUUGGCAUGAAGCGCCCGGUGAAUUGUUACGAUCAUUAUUGGAGCAUUUAUACGAGUUGAUAGCAGAUUCGAGUGAAAAGCGAACAAAUUUACGUCUAAUGAGAGAUUUGCAACUUGUUCAUAAAUUAUUGUAUAUUCUUGGCGAAGUAAAGCAAAAUGCAACCAGACAAGUGCUUUUGGCGUUGCUCAGCAUUCUCCUCAGUCAGCCACGUCAAGCCGAUCUUUUAUGGUUCGGACAAUAUAUUGUAUCAACUUUGCCCCUGGUUUCGGAGAAGCAUUUAGUACCACGUGAGGGCGAAGGAACGAAGGAAGGCGAAGGGGAAAAUAUUCUUCUCAGAAAUCGAUGUCUUCAACUUUUACAUUCACUUUUGUACAGUGGUUCGAAAUUAAAUGCAAACAUGUGCGAUGAAGUUGCAAAAGUUCUUGGAUUAGAUUGGAUUCUGUUGUUCCUUCAAUCUGGACUUCAUAGUACAACUGUUGUGUGGGGUUUGAGGAUUUUAGUCGCCGUUUCUUCGGUACAAUCGAUUUUGCAAAAAUUCAAAGAUGGAACGAGUAAUGGCGGUUGGUUGAGGCACACUGAUCAUAAUAAAGUUGCUUUAGCUCUUGGUUGCAUUCAGCAAGCCUCAGGUGGUGAGAAUAAAUCCGCCGGUCUUCACGUACCGGGUUUUCAACAUCUCGGCUGGUUAUUGCCCCAGCAUGUGGAUCUUGUACCAGAACUCUAUUUCCUCUUCAUCGCUCUAAUGAUGGGACAACCAAUAAAACUCUUACCCGCCGAUUCGACACUCGAUCUCGACAACGUUUGGAAUUUUAUGUUCGGCAUGCCUGCAAAUCAUUCACUCUCAUCGUACGCAUCGCGAAUAAAUCUCUGUCCCGAGGCAAUAGUCACUCUCCUCACAAUGGUUCGAACAAUGGUGAAUCGCUACACAAAUUCACCGGAAACAUUGCCCGACUGGUUGAAUGACUAUCCAGUGACGAUAAUUCAAUUUCUCUUCUUCCUCUAUCAUAAUCUGACGGAUUUCAUUCAAGUUUUCAUGACUGCCGAGGUGCUUGGCGGUCUUGCCGGAACGCUGUUUCCAAAGGCAAUGAGUUGCAGUCAGGAGAGUAGUGGAGCGAGUACACCGGCUGAUGAGGAACCGGUUCUUGUACGUUCGCCAUCGAAGGACAUUAGUUUGACAAAUCAUCCGGUGAGGAAGUUUGUUAUGGAUUUUUUGCGAGUUAUUGUCGUUGAUUCGCUGUCGUUGUCGGUGACGGCGAAAUUACCGCCUGCCAUUGAUUUGGUAUUGGAAGCGUGGCCCGAGCAUGCAUCGACGGUUCAGCAGACGACAUAUCAGACGGAGGUUCUGUCAAUAUUGAUGGACCAUCUUCUGGCGGCGGAUGUGCUUAUUGGCGAACAGGCGGCACUUCCGGUUGUGCCCGGUGGAUCGAUAAAUAAUAUCACGAAUAACGUUUGCUAUGUGGCGGCGAGAAUUGUCGAUAAAUUGUGGCAAGGCUCAUUAACGAAGGAUCCGCACGAGGUUUUUGAUUUUAUUGUCAAACUUAUUGGACAGGCGAAGAGACGACCCGGUAAUGUGAAUAUGGAGGGUCUUCAUCACUGUCUGAAUCGAACGAUUUUGUUUCUUCUCUCGAGAUCGACGGAAUCGACACCCGAUCAAAUGGCCGUUUUGCAAGCACUGCACAAAUUGACGGAACAUCGGGUUCUUGUUUUUGGCGCUGGGAAUCAUGAAUUGGAAUUUAUCGGCUGUCUCACUUAUUGUCUGCUGCAAUUGACGGCGGAUAUUAAGAUAAUGCUGGACACAAAUAUGAAGACAACUUGGCACGUGAAUCCGCAAGUUGAGGUGAUUGACGAUCGAUUGAUGGCACAUCAGGGACAUAAUUUGAUGACUGUUGCGGCGACGAGAGUCUGGGAGGAAUUGUACGUUUGUAAGAAGCCAGCGAUUGAGGAAGUGUUUAAGGUGACUUUGUUGACGCCUGUUGGCAAUGAGCGUGCACCGGAAUUGACGAUUGUCAGAGAUCAGGUGCAUGAAGCGGCGACACGUUUGUGGCUGAAUUAUGUUGUUCUGGAGAGGAAGGCUUCGUAUCGAGUACCUUGGGAAUUACACAAUCAGAUACAGUCGAAAAUACAGAAAGUCACUGGAGGACUCACGAGACUUGCUAGUAGAACAAAGGUACGAAAGGAAGAAUCAGUCCGUGUACGUUUGCGCCUCCACCAAAGCACAGUUGCCCAAUGGACCGAGCAGCACGUUGCCCUCGUUCGUGAGCUCGUCGCAGCGAAGAAACUCCAGCAGCAACAAACAUAUCAACACACGCAGCGCUACGUCUACCAGGAAUGGCUCCAAACCGAAACCGAGUUGACUCGCGAGCGUGGCCUCUGGGGACCACCAACGCCGACAAUUCUCGACAAAUGGAUGCUGGACAUGACCGAGGGUCCCUCUCGAAUGCGCAAGAAAAUGAUGAAAAACGAUCUCUUCUACAUCCACUAUCCCUAUCGUCCCGAACUCGAGCACCCCGACAAUAAACAACUCAAGUACAAAGUCGCCACGAGUAUCGACAGCAAGGACUACUAUCUCAAGCAACUCGGCAACUCUUCCGGAAUGUUCGAGCGCGAGCGAGAUCCCGUCAUCGACGACACGCCCCUCAACGUCAAUGAAAUAUCAACCGAGAGCGAUAUUUCCGCACCGAUGGUGCCCUGCACCCUCGAGAGACACGCGAGCGAACCUGACGAAGCGCCCGAGGACAACGAGCAAGAGGAGGACAAUAAUCAAACCGUACCCGACAAUCAGACUCUACUCCGCCUCCUCGUCGAGCACGAGAAAAUAAGUCACAUGUUCCGUGUCGCGAGAAUUCAGGGCCUCGACACAACCGAGGGACUUUUGCUAUUCGGCAAGGAGCAUUUCUACGUCAUCGACGGUUUCACUAUUCUCAAGUCGAGAGAAAUCAGGGACAUUGAGAGUGUGCCCGAGGCUUAUGAGCCGAUUCUCCCAUCACCGGGCUCGCCGCGAAGAUCGCGGGCAAUGCGACAGUGCUCCAAGUUCACCUACGAGGACAUUCGCGAGGUGCACAAGCGACGCUACCUCCUGCAGCCGAUGGCCCUCGAGGUCUUCAGCGGCGACGGUCGCAAUUACCUUCUCGCAUUUCCCCGCAAGGUUCGCAACAAGGUCUAUCAGAAAUUCAUGACCUUCGCGACGGCGAUCGCCGACAGUGCUCAGCAAUCGGUCGCCGGACAGAAGCGAACGGCGAACGUCGAACAAGCGACCGGAUUACUCUCGAAUCUAAUUGGCGAGACUUCGGUGACGCAGCGAUGGGUUCGGGGCGAAAUCUCCAAUUUCCAGUAUCUCAUGCACUUGAAUACUCUCGCCGGACGGAGUUACAAUGAUCUGAUGCAGUAUCCAAUAUUUCCCUGGAUUCUCGCCGAUUAUGACAGCGAGGAACUGGAUCUCAUGGAUCCGGGGACUUUUCGUGAUUUUGGCAAACCGAUGGGAGCGCAGAGUGUCGAUCGUCUAUUGCAGUUUAAGAAGCGCUACAAGGAAUGGGACGAUCCACACGGGGAGACGCCGCCCUAUCACUAUGGCACUCAUUAUUCUUCGGCGAUGAUUGUCUGCUCGUAUUUGGUUCGAAUGGAACCGUUUACGCAGCAUUUCCUUCGCCUGCAAGGGGGGCAUUUCGAUUUGGCCGAUCGGAUGUUCAACAGUGUGAAGGAGGCAUGGCUGUCGGCGUCGAAACAUAAUAUGGCUGAUGUCAAGGAACUGAUACCGGAAUUUUUUUACCUACCGGAAUUUCUUAUUAAUUCGAAUCAUUUUGAUUUGGGUUCGAAGCAAAGUGGUGUGCAAUUGGGUGAUAUUGUUCUUCCACCUUGGGCCAAACAGGAUCCUAGAGAAUUUAUACGGUGUCAUCGUUUGGCAUUGGAGUGUGAUUAUGUUUCACAGCAUCUACAUCAGUGGAUUGAUUUGAUCUUUGGAUGUAAGCAAAAUGGUGUUGGCGCUGUUGAGGCUGUUAACGUCUUCCAUCAUCUUUUCUACGAGGGAAACGUUGAUAUUUACAACAUUGAUGAUCCUCUGAAGAAGAAUGCGACAAUUGGUUUUAUUAAUAAUUUCGGUCAAAUUCCGAAACAAUUAUUCAAGAAACCCCAUCCGGUGAAAAAAAUGAGCCAAAGAAUGAGUGUCAUUGAUCCUGGUCCAAUAACUCCUGGUCUUAGUAUCACGACUUCUGACAAAUUAUUCUUCCACAAUCUUGAUAAUUUGAAACCAUCUCUUCAGCCAAUCAAAGAACUGAAAAGUCCAGUGGGACAGAUUCUUCACGUGGACAAAUCUGUAUUGGCGGUUGAACAAAAUAAAACGCUGAUUCCACCUUCUUAUAAUAAAUAUGUCGCGUGGGGCUUCGCUGAUCAUUCGCUUCGAAUAGGCAAUUACGAUAGUGAUAAAGCGAUAUUUGUUUGCGAGACAAUGAUGCAAAGUAGUGGAGAAAUCGUCGCCUGCGUUUGUCCAUCGUCAAAACUUAUCGUCACCGCUGGAACAAGUUCUGUGGUUACGGUAUGGGAAUACGCGAGAAGACAAUUGUCCAUAAAACAAUGUCUUUAUGGACACACGGAUGCUGUGACAUGUUUGUCAUCGAGUCCCGCGUACAAUGUCAUUGUUUCCGGUUCGCGAGAUGGCACGGCAAUUAUUUGGGAUUUGUCACGUUGUUUAUUCGUGAGGCAACUUCGAGGACACGCUGGACCUGUUGCUGCCGUUGCAAUUAACGAUCUAACGGGUGAUAUUGCAACUUGUGCUGCCACGUGGCUUCAUGUGUGGAGUAUAAAUGGAGAAGAAUUGGCGAGCGUUAAUACAUGUGUCGGAAGAGCCGAUCGAAUGCAACAAAUACUUUGUGUAGCUUUUAGUCAAACGCACGAAUGGGAUUCUCAAAAUGUGAUAAUGACUGGCUCGACUGAUGGCGUUGCACGUAUGUGGUCGAUGGAUUACGUUCAAGUGCCAGGAGAUGAGGAGAAACCAGAAGUAUCGGAAUCUGAAAAUUCCAAAAAAGAAGAGCAAACAAAGGAAGAAAAUCAAUCGGAAAAUACGAAAAAACGUGUUCAUGAAUUAGUUAAACAAAUGAGUAUUUCUGCCGAAGGUUCAGGUGGUGCACUCGCGAAAAGUGGUUCGGAAAGUAGUUUAUCCGAAUCGGAGAAUACAAAAGAAGCGUCUAGAAGUCAUGAGGAGAAGGAAGAGUGUUCUGAUAAUGAAUCGAGUAAUGGUUCUGGAAAUAAAUUAUCACCACAGGCAAGCUGUUCAUCGUCAACUGUCGUUCUCAGAAGGAAAAGUCGUUGCAAUCCAUUGUUUAGAAAAAGUGAGGGUGGCGGUCGUGCCGACAGUGAAGGCACUCAAGUCGCGGAAUCGUCGACGAGCAAUACGUCGGAUAGCGAAGGCGCUCUGAGGACGAGUAAAAGCGAUACGAGUUUAACGGACAGUUUUGUAGUGGUGACGGAGGCCGAUACGAAAUCAAAGAAAAUUAAUCCGCAAAAUAUUCUUCGCGAUGGAUUUAAAUGGCAGAGACAAUUGGUGUUUCGUAGUAAAUUAACAAUGCAUACGGCGUAUGAUCGCAAAGAUAACACCGAACCUGCUUCUAUUACCGCCCUUGCAGUCUCAAGGGAUCACAGAACAAUUUACGUGGGUGAUACUAGAGGACGAGUUUUUUCAUGGAGUGUUUGCGAACAGCCAGGACGAACUGUCGCCGAUCAUUGGCUAAAGGAUGAAGGAGCAGAUUCGUGUGUUGGUUGCGGAGUGAGAUUUACACUUUACGAGAGGAGACAUCAUUGUCGCAAUUGCGGACAAGUAUUCUGCAACAGGUGUAGCAGAUUCGAAUCGAAAAUCUCACGUCUCGGAAUUUUAAAGCCAGUUCGUGUUUGUCAAGUCUGUCAUUCAUCAUUACGAUCACAGACUUCAAUGGAAAGCAAUACUUAGUAAGAGAAAAAAAAGAAUACUAGCAUUGAAACUGAAAAUACUUAGUAAAA